AGGUGGGCGUAAGAUGGGAGGUGGGGCUGGGUGGAGUAAAAGAAUGAGUUACUGGGGGCACGAUUCAGGUCCUAUUUCCAAUCCAAUCCCAAUUUUGUUAUGUGUAUAAAUCAUUCUUUGUAGUGUUCUUUUUGGGGGGCAACCAAAAUCAAACCUUUGGGCAGGUGCAACGUAUGAUUUAUAACUUUGCAAAAAACGCAUCUCUCUUUCCAAAGUCACACUUGUUCAUUUCGCAUCGACUUGUAAUUCAUCGACACAUGCCUACUCAAACCACCACCUACAAAGGUCGGCUCGGUUACGCCUGUCUGAACACAAUCUUGCGGGCUCAGACCCCAUCCAUCUUUUGCUCCCGAACGUGUCGCCUCGAGACUAUUCGACAAAAGGGAAUCGAGUAUGCUUACGAACUGGGUCUUCAAAACGCUCGGGAUAUUGUUCCCAUGUUGAGAUGGAACGAGCAGCACGGGAUAAGGUUCAUGAGAUUGAGCUCUGAGAUGUUUCCUUUUGCGAGUCAUGAUGUCGUGGGGUAUUCGGUGAGGGAUGUGCCGGGCGCUGUAGAGGCUUUGAAAGAGGCGGGAGAUGAGGCGAGACGAUUGGGACAUCGGUUGACAAUGCAUCCGGGACAAUUUUGUCAAAUUGCAAGCCCGCGAUCGGUGGUUGUCCGAAAUGCCAUCCGUGAGCUCCAAUACCAUAGCGAAAUUCUCGACAUAAUAGGACUGGGCCCAGAUUCGGUAAUGAUCAUUCACAUGGGGGGCGUGUUCGGGGACAAAGCUGGCACCAUCGCGCGAUUUCAUGAAAACUGGAAGCAAAUACCUAAACACAUCCAAGACCGCAUCGUCCUCGAAAACGACGAAAUAUGUUAUUCUGUACAAGAUCUUCUGCCGACUUGUGAACAACUCGGCAUUCCGCUGGUUCUAGACUGGCACCACGACGACAUCUUGCGAUCGGAAAAGUCUGCAGUGGAGUAUCUCCCUCGUAUCAAUGCCAUAUGGGAGUCUCGGGGCAUCAAACCCAAGCAACAUUAUUCAGAGUCCCGCAAAGGUGCGGAAACACCUAUGCAACGACGAGCACACAGCGAUCGCGUACAACGACUGCCACCUUGUCAGGACGAUGUUGAUUUGAUGAUUGAGGCAAAAGACAAGGAACAAGCCGUGUUGCAUUUGUUCAAAACUUUUGGGUUGCACCCCGUUCCGGAUGGGUUACCGGUUUCAGAAGCAGAACAAAUCGAGCUGUAUAAGCAAGCUAAAAAACCGAGAAAAACAGUCACCAAAGUUGUCCUUGAGGCUGAGACGGUCGAAGGUGGAUCAAAGGCCCGCGCAAAAAGAAAACGAAAAGUCAAAGUCCAAGAAACCAUUGAGGAUGAGGAGGAUCUGAAAUCUGAUGAAUGCGAGGCCGCCCAGGUCGAUCCCCCUCCCAAGCGAAAAUCCCGAAAGACAGUCAAGAAAGUUGCGAUAGUGGAUGAGAGUAUUGUACAGGACACCGAAAAGGUUACUUUGAAAAAACGACGGAAACCUGUGGAUGACCCGUUGCCUGCCACGAGUACUACGGCACCACUUGCAAAAAGCCGAAUGACCCGCAACAGUCUGAAGGCCUCAAUGUUGGAGAUUAUCACACCGACUACCCUUGUGGAACCGGUAAUUGCAACCCUGCCUGCGGAAAUUGGCGAGGAGGGGGUGCAAAAGGUUGGCAGACGUCGAAAGGCUACAUAGUUUAAACGAUGGUUCUAGUGGACCAAGAGAUACGCUUGAGAAUUGCGGUAUAAAAUGAAAGGAAAUUGGCUCGAGGAAAUCGGGACAAUAGGCUAUUGUUGUGCUUUUGGACUAGGCAUCCAUGUUCAUAGGGAAGAGCGCCAAGUCUCAGACAUAGGGUGGUAUCAGCUUUAGCGUAGUAGCUAGUGUUUCGAUGACGGUUAAUUACCGCGCGCCCGGUGCCCAGUACUUUUACAUGUCUCUGCUACGACGCAACCAGUAUUAGUUUUCUACAUGAUUCGAAAUGCGCCCAUCAGGAGCUUCAUUGUUCUGUCUUGCUGAGUUCAUUUUGUUCCAACUGUCCUCGGGGUUGGAUUAUUUCACAACCAAUCUGGAGCAUCCGCAUGACGAGCAUCUAAUACUCCAAGGCUUUUGUAAACGGCUUCGU